AUGGCCAAAACACAGAUAAGAAAUGGGACUUCUAUUGAAGUUGUUUCAGAAGACGGCCCACUACCGAUAAAUGUUAUGAUGCAAGAAGGUGUUAAAGCGCUAACUAAAAUAUUAUCAGAUCAUCUACAAGAUGGACAAAGUGUUGAUAACGAAUCUCAUUCGAUGCAGUUUGUUUUCAAAAAUGUGAAUGAUGCCCUAGAUGAAGCAAAUUAUCAGAAUCCUGAAGGAAAUGGUGAUGUUAAGAUAUCUGAGAUAAAGAGUGAUGGGGAAAGUGAUGUUGUGAACUUUGAAGUACAAGACAUGAAAAGAAAAACCUUGGAUGAAGACGACUCAAUUGAAGAAUAUAUAACUGAUCCACAAUUGCAUUUAGAUGGAGAUAAGGGAGAAAUAGUAUUUGACUAUGGAAGUGAAAUAAUAACAGAUAAUCCCGAAGGCAUUGGAGAGCGUAUAUCACAGAUGAUUGAAUCUGUACUUCCGAAUGGGUUUCCAAGAGAUUCUCGAGGAAGACUACAUGCAGUAGUGAACGGCGAUGAAUUAAAUAUUACUGAGGAAACAGAUAUUGAUGUUACUUAUUCCAACGAGCCUGUAACAUCAGGUUAUAUAGAUGGAAUUGAAUAUAAUGAAGAUGAAGAUUCAUAUGAGCAUGACGGCUGUUGUCCGCAUCAUCACCACCAAACACAGGAUCAGCAAAAUAAUAGACAAUAUCAUCACCAUCAUUCUCGCCAAACACACUCGCAAUCACAACAUCCAUUAUCUAAACAGCCACCAACUUCUUCAAAAUACAGAAAUUAUAAUUAUCACGAUUACAAUUAUGAAGAUGACCAAGAGUCAAUACCUGUAGGAAACGCACCUAAUUUCUCUAUGCUUAUGACAGGAAACCAUAAUUUGUGUCUAUUUUGUGAGUACUAUAUGGUAUUCGGCGAAGCACCUAAAAACAUGAUAAAAUGGUACAACAAAAACUAUGGUUAUGAUAGAUUACCACAAUCUUCAGCAAGAAACGGAAAUAGCAGGAAAAGCAACCGCUAG